CAACCAUCAGCAUAAUAACAAAAACAACAACGAAUGAGUAACCCGUUAAGAACCCCGCACCGAUUCAUUUUGGAUGACGAGGAACAACCGUUUACUCCUUGCACACGUUUAUCGAAUAUGACGAUUGAAUCACAAGCAAACGGCCAUAGUCGAUUUCGAAAAACGCCCUUGCACGGUUCACCUAUCAACCUUAUUGCUAAAUUCGCCGAAGUGGCUGCUUCUGGCGGAAGUGGUGGCUCUUCUGCACCACACCCUAACUUAGACAUGUGUCUUGGUUCCGAUCGUAUUAGCAUUUUUGAUAGAAGCAAGGACGGCAUGUUUUCUGAAGAUGAAGAUUCGGACGAUGGAGAUUUAUUUUCUUCCAACCUAGGACUGAUGUCUUCCCCUGAUCGACCUUUCACAAGACAUACACUUCUCGAAGAUGAGGAAAUGCACUCACCACCUCCCUCUGAAAUGGCAAUGACGGGAAAACGAUUUAUCUUUGAAGAGGAAGAGGAAGAAGAAGAAGAGGAAGAGGAAGGCGAUUAUCUUGAUUCGGGUAGCUCAUGGCUCUCUCAAAUCUUUUUCGAUAACGACAAUGAUAGAACAGAGGCACAGGAAGCAAGUCGCAAGGAAAAAGAUAAUAUGGGUGAAGAACAAGAGAAUCGACCUCCUCGCUUAUGGAGAAGUAAAGCAGAGGAAAUAACAAAGUUGUCAGAAAGCAAUCAUCAUGAACGAUUACCAUUACAAGAGAUUCGUUCUUGUUUGGAGGAUGAAGAAGCAGGCGAUGAUUUACAUACAAAAAAGAAAUCGGUAUCAUCUUAUGGUAAACCCAAUAAGAUGCGAUACAUGCGAACAUUAUCACCUACUCGUCUAAGUCAACGUAAAGAAUCUUCUACUCUUCAGUAGUCUUUCCUUUCUCUAUUCUUUCUUGCAUACCCUGUAAAUACUCAUUUUCAUCCACUCUCUUCCCUCUUAUUGUAUCCCCCCUUCUUUUUUUUUUUUUUGCUUUUUUUUUUCUUUCUUUUUCAUCUAAUAAAAAAUGUGUCAAGAAUGUUUUCUUUUGAUCUGCUGCUAAA